CAUCGUACUCUAUGGAGUAUAGGAUGAGCAAAUAUCGACAUUUGUCUUUUGUAUUCAUUCGUUCGUUCAUACUAUAGAAUUUCGUAUUUACAAAUUAAAAGAUCCGUGCAUUCGACAAAAAGUACUCUGUAAUUACACAGCUACCGAAUGUAACACACGAAUACUUCAAUAUCAGCUGACAUCUUUGUGUAACUUUGAGUGGAUACGCGAGUGCGCGUGUGUAUAUACAGUUCUGGCGGUGUUUUAGGUUGUGUGAAGAGAAUUUUUAUUUUUAACAUUUAUACUUUAAUAGAUCUAGGUUCUCUCAGUUAGAAAGAUGUCCACGCGUGUAGAAAAUUUGAUCGAAAUGUAUCGAGACGUUUCCGAGUUAUGGCGUAACAGAUACCCAGACAAACUAAUUAGAAAUGUUUAAAAUGUAUUCUUAAACUUUGGUAUUUUUAAUCAAACUACAAAAUACAGAAAAUUCAAAGGAAAAACGAAUUCACGAAAAUAUCUUCUCUCGGAAGUUUAUUUAUACGUGUGGAUAGAGUCGGUGAGUACGUCCCUGAGUAGACGACUGUGCGCGUGCCUAAUCUUCGCCGCUGUCACAUUCUGUCAAGCCCCGGUCGUCAGCCCGUGUUCAUCAGCCAUGCCGUGUCUAACUGUAAAAAUCAUCAAUCGUUGGUAUUAAGUGUCGCUCGUCGCGGUUCCGGGCCGCUGCGAAAAACGGCGGCUUGCAAUCGCGAUCAAACAUGUACCGUAUCUUUCCUGAUCUAACAGGCGAUACGGGUGUGUCUAAGCGCGUGUUCCGAUACGUGACCAAGUAUGUCACUCAGUUCGUAAAAGUCCGACGUAUGCCGUAGCCGUAGCGAGCGUUAGGUUACCGGUAAACAGGAAUACGCGACUAUGUCAGCUGACAUCCUGCAGGAUAGAAACGUGGCCUUGAACGGCAAGAACGAUCUACCGGUAGUCCCACAGCCUACAACCAGGGGUGGACUCAGAGUGUACAAGAUCGUCGUUUUGGGCGACGGUGGUGUUGGUAAAUCAGCGGUCACCUUGCAGUUUGUUAGUCAUAGUUUUCUUGACUACCACGACCCAACUAUAGAGGAUUCGUAUCAACAGCAGGCAGUUAUAGAUGGAGAGGCUGCACUGUUAGAUAUAUUGGAUACUGCAGGACAGGUGGAGUUCACAGCUAUGCGCGAUCAGUACAUGAGAUGUGGAGAGGGUUUUAUGAUAUGUUACUCUGUAACGGAUAGGCAUAGUUUUCAGGAAGCUUUGGAGUAUAGGAAACUGAUAUCGCGCGUAAGGGCUAACGAGGAUAUACCGCUGGUACUAAUCGGCAAUAAAUUUGACUUGCAGCAUCAAAGAAAGGUGACUACAGAAGAAGGGAAAGCACUUGCUGAUCAACUUGGUUGUCCUUUCUAUGAAACAUCCGCAGCACUUAGGCAAUUUAUAGAUGAUGCAUUUUACUCGUUAGUCAGACAGAUUCGAGCUAAAGAGAGGUCACGAAAUUCGGUGCGUAAGCACAGUCGCUGGUGGCGACUACGAUCGAUUUUUGCCUUUAUUUUCAGAAGAAAACAAAGACACAAUAGCAAUCAUCACUACUCCCCAUGAAUGUGAUCAUUUUAUUAGAGGUCCUAUUGAUAGCGUGUAUUUUAAAUUGAUAAAUCACGGCAACACGAACAGUUUAAAUUUCUACAGACUACAACGAACAAAAUUUUCAAUGAUUUUUUUAUAUUUGAUAGUAGUCUCCCUAUUUAGAGACUCAUUUACUCGCGUCACACUGCCUUAUCUUUAACCCCAUUAUAUUUUGAACAUAGUAAUAGAGACAUAAAACGUAAACUACGAUACAUGGUUAUUAUCACGGAUUCUGCAUCGUUAUGUUAGAAUAGGUUUAAUUGUCUCUGCUGCUCAAAAAGGAGUUAAGCAUACAAUAUUAUAUACGAGGUUUAUGUUUCUUUAGAGUACAGUUUUACAAUGGCAGUAAUAGUAUUUCCGUGGCUCUUUGUCUCCUGAUACAAUAGUUCUUUCAUUAUUAUUUAUUAAAAAGGCUGUUAAUGUUAUUUAUAGUAUACGUUAUCAAGCAAAGUAAUAGAUAAUUGAAAUGAAAUGCCUAAUUAUUACAGGAAUAGUUUACUUACGUACUGUUUAAAUUAAUAUAGCCGCGUCCAGUUGUUGUCUCUUUUUAUGCAGAAUUUAAAUUUUAAUUGCCACGAUAUAGUCGAUACAUCGUAUGACCAAAGAAAUUAACAUUCAGUGCUGAGCUAACAUAAUAAAAACAAAGUAAAGAACAUGUAAAUGCACAACAUUUUGUAAAUGCAAGAUGUAGGGAAAGCUUUAUAAUACUAAUUGUUAUCUUGUCCUAAUUAAUGAUACGAAGUUAACAAUUAAAUUUUAUUUAUGCUAAUUUAAUUUUUACAGAAAUAAGAUUUUACGAAUGAUUUUAUAUUGAAUUAAAAGUAAAUUACUAUAAAGUAUAUGAAAGUUUCGAUAAUUUGUAAAGUUUACAAAUGUUACAUAUUUAAAAAUCGCACAAAGCGUAAGCAUUUUUAAAAAGACAUUUUACUAUCAAAAGAAAUAUUUACACGAAUAUAUUUUUAUGUUUAAAGAUUAAACAAAUAACGAUAGCAGUUUGGGAUGUUAAAGUGGUCACAGAAUUCUUACGUUUAAGAACUACCAAAACUUCUGAAAUGGCUCUUAAACAACAUCCAAAUUUUUCGAAUUAGAAUCAACACUAUAUACAUACACAUAUAAUAGACUUUAUUUUCACGAUUCCUAACAUUUGUUAUUUAUUGAAAUUUUUAAGUCGUGCAGCUUCAGAAUACACGCUUUCGUUUCUAGAGUGUGUAAAGAAGUAUACAGUUAUAGAUGAAUCGUGACAGUUUAGCGAUAUAUUAAUAGAAUGAUAUGCUUUAAAUAGUUGCCACGUAAUAGAGCAAAUUGCUAAUGGCAAAUAGUCAUAAUAUAUAAACAAAAAGAAUGGUUAAGUGUAAGUUUAUAUACUAAACAUCUAGUCGUUACUUAAUGUUUCCUAGUCAAGUUUUGCAUUUUGUUAUACACAUAAUAAUUUACAGUUUAAAUAUGCAGUUAUAAAAUUUGAUUAAACACAAUUUAACACGAUCGUUUGUAUGUUUACCAUAUCCUAUAAAUAUUUAUAUGCGUUAGUAUUACAAUUGUUAUAAAUAUUUUAUAAAUAAUACUAUUAGGAGAUAUUGGUGAUUAAUAUUUAAUCCAUCAUAUUAGUAAUGAUAAUAACAGAAUUAAUUUUAUUUUCUAGUAUAAAAGUAAAGUAAAGUAUUAUUGUCAAAAUUGAUAAGUUGCAUAGUACACUCAGCUCUGUACCAAUAAAGUAAGAAGUAUUAUUAAAUACAAGUAAAGUGUGUUUAAUCUUCAAAUAUUUGGAACAAUGAAAGAGGUCUACGGUUGCUUUAGUUUCAUAGUGUAAUUAAUAUUUUUUCUUAUAAUUUUGAACAGUUUAGGAUGGAGUAGUGUAUGUACAUAUAAAAUGUAGAACAAACAAAAAUGCGAUAAUAUGUACUGUAUCAAUAUGAAAAAGAAAUUUGUAUAAGUGUGUUCCCAGUAUAAAAUGUAAUAGGUAUUACUGAAAAAAUUGGAUUAGAUAUACAAGUGUUAAGAAUUAGAAAUGAUACUUUAUAAAUAACGUAGUACGUUCAAAUCAGUUCUGUAUAAAUAAUAUACAGAAGAAACACAAUUUACAAUGACAAUACGAUAAAAUAUUAGACAAAGUAUAAGUUUUUGAUGUACUAUUGAACAAAAUCUUUUAACAGAAUAAAAACAAACAAACAAUAAAGUGCAUAUAAUGUACGUGUGCAUUUUGAUAUUAAAUAAUAAAUUUGAUAUGGUUGAAAUAAUUUUGUGUAAAAUUAAUAUCGUAUAUGAGUUGUAAAUGUGAUUUGCUGAUUGGAAAUAUCAAAAUACAAAUUAUAAAAGUAUUCAAAAUACAUGAUCCUAAUCUACAAAUACAGUGUUUUCCAAUACAA